ACACAGAAACAAUCACUCCCUCUCUCCGGCAUGUUUCCCAAAGCUGCACAUGGUUACUGUCCAAGGUAUUACUUUCCACUGGUUCUAUAGCAAAGAGGCAGCAUGUUAUAGAGGGGUCCUCUUGACACCCCAGCUGUUGGAUGCUGCACCCACAAGAUUGGAUUAGUCUGCAGAUAUUUCUUGUAAGCAAACCAGUAUUCUUCUUGAAUGAUGCUCUGGAUUCUGAUAAGUCUUUGAAAUACAUCCCAAGUUUGAACGUUCAGACAGGUGAAAUAUAUUUGGUCUCCACACACAUAUUUACCAAAUUGACCUGGGGUGUUUUACAGAAUCAACAUGAAAGAUAGCUAUUGUGGCUACGAGAACCAGCUUUUUAAUGAGGAGGACUUAACUGGAGAAGAAGAGGAAAUUCCUCCCUUGAGAGGAAGGGCAAGAGGAGGAUGUAUGAAAUGUCAGCAGACACAUUCUCUUCAGCUAGCUGUCAAAAUGCUCUAUGGCUUUUUAGCUUUGCUCAUUAUUGCAGUGGCUGUCUUGGCAUCCCUUGUCUUCAGGAGAGUUGACAGCUUAUCUGAAGAGGAAUUAUUUUAUCACAAACACAUUUCCAAAGUCCAGGAGAGUAUAAAAGAUAUCAGCACUGCAAACAACUAUUCCAACUGCUUAGAUGUUGCACAAUUCCAAGAGGAGAUUGCCAGACUGAAGAAGGAGUUUGAGGAGAUCCAGAAGAUGGUACUCAGUCAAAAGCAGCAGUUGGACCAGGCGACCCAAUCUCAGCAAAGUCUUACGCAAUCCAGCAACAGAAUGACAAGGGACCUCCAGGCCUUUGGAAUCCUCAUUAAGCGUAUAAACCAGUCUCUGGGCCAGUACGUGGAUCAGGUAACUGGCUGGCAGGUUGUCAUCAAUGAAACUGAUCAAGGGAUGAAAAACGUUCUUGAGGAUCAGUAUGAUUUGAAGGCCACAAUGCAACAAGUCAACACCACUGUUGCCCUUAGUGCGUUGUGGAUUGGUGCUCUUCAGAGGAAGGCCGAAGAGGAGACCUUGGUGCUCCAAAAAAUUACAGCGGACUGGCAGAAUUACAGUAGAGUUUUAAGUGCCCUGAAAUCCAAUGCUAGCCUAACCAUGCAGACCGUGAGGGCUGUUCAAAGUGGUGUCUCUGCCACUCACCAGCGUAUCAGCAUGAGUUCAGAGAUGGUACAUGACCUCACUCUGCAAGUCAUGAACCUUCAGAUGCAACUGGACAAUGUCUCGUCUUACAUUGACGAACACGAGGAGAACAUGCAUGACCACCAGUACCACGCAAAGUACUACGAAAACCGGACCGGGGAACGAUUUGUAACAUUGGAUGCAAGAAUGAACUCCAUUGAAAUGGAGAUUGACACAGUUUCUUCCAGCAUCAAUGCAACCGUCAGCCAUGUUCAGAGCAUGUACAAGUAUAUCAACAUAGAGAGUUCCUCUUGUCAAUCCAGAUUGGGCAGUCACACGGAAGAUUUGCAGAACUUGAACAACACAGUCUUGCUUCUCCUUCACCUAGCCGACACUCUGAGAAUGCAGUAUAUGAUGCUGAACGUACGCCUCGAAGCUGAUGUGAGGAACUUAUCACUGGUGAUGGAGGAGAUGAAGCUAGUAGACACCAGUCAUGCAAAGCUGAUCCAGAACUUCACUAUUCUGAAAGGUAUGCCUGGUCCACCAGGUCCAAAGGGAAGCAGGGGAGAACCGGGAGCCAAAGGACCUCUAGGUGUAUCAGGACUGAAAGGAGACCGGGGACUUGUAGGAAGUCGUGGACCUCAAGGAUUAAAGGGCGCUAUAGGAAUUAAGGGGGAUCAAGGUGAGCAAGGAGCUUCUGGGAUGAAAGGUGGGCCAGGACUUAAAGGAGAAAAAGGGUCUUUAGGGCAACCAGGGCCUCGUGGUGAAAAGGGACAGAAGGGUGAUAUGGGGGCUCCUGGGAAGGAUGGAAUUCCUGGCCUCAAAGGACCGGCAGGAAUACGGGGACAAGCUGGACUCCCAGGGGUACAUGGACCUCCUGGACCGGUAGGAAUGAAAGGCCCUGUAGGACCACCGGGGCCACCUGGAACACCUGGACCACCUGGGGAGCCUGCCCAAAAGUCAUGAACAGAUCGACAUUCAACUUAAAAAUAACCCAAAUGGUGAUACACUGACUGCCUUUCUGGACAGAGUUACCAUCUUGCAGUAGAUGGUGGUAGACGUCUACUUGGAGGUCUCUCUCUAAACAAGACGAUGGUGGGGACUCUUUGGAAUCUUUGAGGCCCACAUGCACAAUCCCCAAACAUGGAGCUUGCUCUGAACAACAAUACAUAGGGUUUCAACACACUUAGAAAAGAGCUCAUGCACAAUUCUAUAUAUGAGCCACUUCACAACAAUCUUGUUUUAACAAUGGUUACAGAGCCAGGCUGCUAUGAAACCAUUAACUGUACUAGGUACCAUCCAUUAGACUCAACAAUUCGCCAGCAUCAGCAUUUGAAGACAGAUAAACAUUCGACAAAUCAGACUUUUGCUUUUUAUGGAGUGUAUUUAGUAGUACAGCAACAUUUUCCAUUGUGUAUUUGCAUCAUAAUCCCAGAACAUUCAGAGCAGGUACUCUGAAACAUGAUUUUAAUUAUGAGUUCAAGUAAACCAAAUACUUUCACUCAUUGAAGGUAGCAUAGGUACAGAUUUAAUGCGAAUAGUACAAGUGAACACAUCAUUUUACAGUUGCUGGCACUGCAUGAACCCAUGCAAUGAGCAUUGUGAACUGUACAAACAUUUUUUUUCAGUCAUUGGCUAUGAACAGUGCAACUUUUAAAGGGUUAGUUCACCCAAAAUUGAAAAUUCUGUCAUUUAUUACUCACCCUCAUGUUGUUCCAUACCCAUAAGACCUUCGUUCAUCUUCGGAACACAAAUUAAGAUAUUUUCGAUAAAAUCCGAUGGCUCAUUGAGGCCAAUUUCAAAUCACUGCUUCAUAAAGCUUCAAAGCUUUACAAAUCUUUUGUUUCAAAUCAGUGGUUAGGAGCGUGUAUCAAACUGCCAAAGUCAUGCCCACCAGUGGUGAACCAUUGAAAUUUCGAAACGCUUAUGACGUAACGAAGCCUCGUUUACUGAAAUCACAUGACUUUCACGCUCCAAACCACAGAUUAAAAAAAAAAAAGAUUUGUAAAGCUUCGAAGCUUCAUGAAGCAGUGUUUUGAAAACGGCCAUCACUAGAUAUUGUUGAAAAAAGUUAUUUAGUUUUUUUGGCGCACAAAAAGUAUUCUCGUCGCUUCAUAACAUUAAGGUUGAACCAUCUGAAAGUGUUAAUUGUCUUGCUGGCAAUAGAGGCCUCGCUGAGCCAUCGGAUUUUAUCAAAAAUAUCUUAAUUUGCGUUCCGAAGAUGAACGAAGGUCUUACGGGUGUAGAGGGUGGGUGAGUAAUUAAUGACAGAACACUAUAAGUUUUAAUGUUCAUAUUGGUUUGAUUUCCCAAUUUGUAAAUAUAGAUAAUUUUAACAGGUGUAAUUUUAUGUGUUGGUUAAUGUGUUUAAGGAGAUCUUUAUGGUGUGUUAGCAUACAGUUUAUCCUCUUUGCACAACAAUAAAGGAUUAUAAGAAUAUAAAAAAGAUGGGGGCAUUUUUGUUUAGCAUUUUAAAGUUCACUAAGCAAGUACAUAUUUACAUUUUCAUUACUGCUUUUGUCAUUUCAUACUAAAAUCAUGAAACAAAUAACCAACCCAGCAAGCACAAAAUGUUUUUGUAACAUUUCACAAUGUUGCAUUUUAAAAACUCAAAAAAAACAAAAAAAAAACAAGAUGUGCAGUUUAUGGAUUUGUGCAAAUUGAUCUUGUUUUAUACAGCCAAAAUAAAUCGUUUUGGAAACAUAGAAUUCCUAACUGGUAGGUUUCGCUUUAAGUACAUAUAAAGCGUCAAUAUAAUGUGUUUUUAUUUCAAAAACAAUAUACCAAAAUGCAGUAUGGGAUGUUUUAUUUAGGUAUUAAAACAACUUGUGCCAGC